AUUUGUACAUGUUCAAAAUAAAACAAAUUAUCUAUAUGACAUUUUUAAAAUAUUGAAGUUAUUUUGAGGGUCACAGAAAAUCUAAUAAAAUUUAUAAUUCUAUAUUUUUAUUGUACGAAAAAUGAAUAUCCUCGCUCGAAUGCGGAUUAUACCACGGUAUGUCAUGGCUACCAAGCCCAUGACUCGUACGAUAUCCACGACCCCUUACUUGCGAGAAUCAGCGGCCCUUACAAAAUUGAGAAAGUUACAAGCAGACUUCCAAUGUGAUGACGGCAAACCAGUUUGGCUGAAGAGAGGCUUUAGCGAUAGACUCCUGUACACCUCUACCCUUGUUGGCUGUGGCAUUGGCCUCUUUCUGGUCCUCCUGACCUUAUACGAUCAUGCUAAGCCUGAAAGCUGGAAGGUCAAGUGACCAAUUUUAUUAUUUAGUACUAAAUUGCAAGUUUUUUUUUACUUUAGUUUUGUAGUCACAAUUUAUUAAUGUUGAUUAUUUAUUUGAUGCAGUUUGG